AUGGCAGACUCACUCAAAUCCACCUCUCUCCUCACCUCCCCCUUCUCCAUCCCCUCCCCCAACUCCCCCGCCACAGAGCUCCUCUCCCGCUGGUCAGACACCCUCAUCACCUCCCCCCCAGCAAUCAUCAUCACCCCAAACACCGAACAAGACAUCGUCUCAGCCAUCAAAUUCGCCCGCCUCAACAACCUCACCAUCAUCCCCGCCGGAGGACGCCACAAUGCCGCCGUCCCAAUCACUUCAAACACGCUCUACCUGGACCUCGCCAACCUCAAGUCCAUCCAGCUAGACAAGCAAACCUCCCACGUCCACAUCGGAGGAGGCGCCCUCACAGGAGACGUCAUGCGGCAUCUCGCCCAGCAAGGCUACUUCACCGCCAUGGCCAACUCCAACGCCGUCGGCGUCGUCGGGUGUCUCCUCGGCGGCGGCAACUGCUCCCAAAACGGCCUCAUCGGCUGGAUGGCCGACAACGUCGUCAGCUUCCGCGUCGUCACCGCCUCAGGAGACAUGCUCCAAAUCAGCUCCUCUUCCACGGGCGAAGAACUCGCGCUCUUCAACGCCCUCUGCGGCACUGGCCACGGCCUCUGCGUCGUCGUCUCAGCCACCAUGAAGGCAUACCCCCUGAGCAGCCUGAACCUCUCGCCAGCCAGCAAGGACGACCCCUCUCCCAGCAUCUGGAGCCGUACCUUGAUCUUCCCUCCCACAGCCAUCGAUGCCGCCAUUGACGCUUUCCUCGCCGCCUCCCCUCCUCCAGAUCCCAUGAACGUCAUCUUUGGCUUUUCUCGUGGUCCUCCAGGAACUCCAUUCGCCGGAAAGCCCAUCGUCCUGCUCACAAGCACAUACUACGGCCCUGCCAAUGAAGCCGAAGCCUCCUCCGCGGGGUCAAUCCUCUCCAACCCAUCUUUGGUCGAAAAGGCCGUCAAGGCAGACACAGUCCUUGUCCCCUUCGCCAACGCCAACAAUACUUUCGACCCAAUAAAUGUCCAUGGCGGCUUCAAAUCCAUGUCUUCCAACCGGCUCGCCCGCCUCUCCCCUCAAGCCCUCAAAGACGCCUACGGGAAAUAUCUCGCCGUGACGGACAGAUACCCAGAUGCUGUCCGCUCUGCGCUCAUGUUCCAUAGCUUUAAUCCGUCCAAGAUGGCGAAGAUUGGCGCUACACCAGAAGGCAAGGCGAGAUUCAUCGAGGACAGAGACAGGGGAUUCUGUACCAUCGGAGUAAUGUGGUCUACAGAGCCUGCUACAAGAGAUGCUUUGGCGGAAUUGUAUGACGAAGCCGUGACAGUUUUACAGAAAGAUGACGAGGAAGCUGGUCUGCCGCGGAGGGUUUUCCCCGGCAUAAUGAAGUUCCUCCCUGGGCGACGGGACCUUCUCUCCGAAGAGAAGCUGGCAGAGUUGGAUCGACUGCAGGAGAAAUGGAAUGGUGAUGGGUUAUUUUGGAGUCCAUACAAAGCAUGA